CCGAAGCACCGCACCGUCCAUGCCUGAUGCUCCAUGGCGCAGAGAACCAGAUCACCGCAGUGUCCAUGGCGCUCCGUUCAAAACCCUAAACGAGAAAUCGAACGCGUCGGCGACCAUGGAGGCGUCUCCGUCCUCUCCCCCUGCCCUCGGCGCCACAACCGCAGCCACCGCUGGAGUUGGUGGUCGGAGCUCGAAUCCCCUACUGCCGUCUCCUGAUCUCACCGACUUCUUCGUAUGGAGGGAAUUUGUAUGGGGAGGAAUUGCAGGUGCAUUUGGGGAAGGCAUGAUGCAUCCAGUUGACACUCUGAAAACAAGGCUUCAGAGUCAGGCUAUAAUGACAGGGGCUAAGGCUCAGAAGAAUAUAUUCCAGAUGGUUAGGACAGUUUGGGCUUCUGAUGGUCUGAGAGGUUUUUACAGAGGAAUCAGCCCAGGUGUUACUGGAUCACUUGCAACUGGUGCAACAUAUUUCGGUGUUAUUGAAUCAACUAAGACAUGGUUGGAGAAUGCUAAUCCUAAUCUAAGUGGGCACUGGUCACAUUUUAUUGCUGGAGCAAUUGGUGAUACACUUGGAUCCUUUGUAUAUGUGCCUUGUGAAGUCAUGAAACAAAGAAUGCAAGUCCAAGGCACCCAAAAAUCUUGGGCAUCAGCUGCAGCUAAAGGAAGUAUUUCUCAAACUCAUGGGACUCAGAUGUAUGGGUACUACAACGGAAUGCUCCAUGCUGGUUGUUCUAUCUGGAGAGAGCAUGGUUUGAAGGGGCUUUAUGCAGGAUACUGGUCUACGCUUGCCAGAGAUGUCCCUUUUGCUGGUCUAAUGGUCACUUUCUAUGAAGCAAUGAAAGAAUUGACCGAGUAUGGGAAAACAAAGUAUUUGCCAAACAGUGAUUUGGAUGUCAGCAACUCCUUUGAAGGGCUUGUUCUAGGAGGAUUGGCAGGCGGCUGUAGUGCAUACUUGACAACCCCCUUGGAUGUGAUAAAGACAAGACUGCAAGUACAAGGAUCAACAUCUAGGUACAAUGGGUGGCUGGAUGCUAUAACAAAGACAUGGACUUCCGAGGGGGUGCAUGGUUUGUUCAAGGGAAGCGUUCCUAGAAUAAUCUGGUAUAUCCCUGCAUCUGCAUUCACAUUCAUGGCAGUGGAGUUCCUAAGGGACCAUUUCAACCAUAAGGUCGACACAGAUGCCAGUGAACUAGCCACCCUGUCAAUCGAUGCGAGAUCAGAAGUCGAGGAAGCAGCUUAAUGUUCCUUUCCCUAUGAAGCGACCCUGAUAUUCCUGCCUGGUGGGAUUUAUCCAGUGGAAUCUCUGUCUUUCGGAAACAUGAUACUCCUAUGUUUUUUUUAGAUAAAGGAAUAGCCUUAUAUUCCACAACGUAGCAGGCUUCGGCCGUGUAAAUGUUGAGGGCAUACAUUGUCAGCUAGGCGAGAACGUUUGUAUGUAUCAGGGAGAAGGGAACUGACAACCUCAUGAUCCUUUAUUGGGUUGCAAUUCUUCGAGUUAGGAAUCUGGAUUCUUGGUGGGAGACUGUGAGUACUUUGAAUGAUGAUUGAAGUGAACAUGUAACAUUCUGCAGUGACCAAUG